AUGGGUUGUGUGCCGUCCAAACUCUUCAAGAAAAAAAAAUUGAGAAAAAAUGGUGAUGAUUACCCUGACCAUGUUGUUUCUUUAACUUCAAGUACUUAUGGUGUGUUGAAUCUUGAAAAAGAUUCAAACUUUACGCGAAACCCACCUUUAUCUAUUAAGGAAUGUGUGAAAGAAAUCAAGAAAUCACCACCCCAUGAAAAAUCUCAUGAAGUUAUUAAUGCUUGGGAGCUAAUGGAAGGUCUUGAUGAAGAAGUUGUUGUACAAAAUUCCAAGAUUAGCCCAAAAUCUCGGGUUUUUCUUCGUGGAUUUGUCGAUAUUGAUGCUCGUAGCCCGUUGAAGUUUUUGAAUCAGAUGAGCUCUCCGCGUAAAUUCAAGAAAUUGAGUGGAAAGGAGAAUAAAGGAAGGGGUAAUGGAGGUAAUGAAGCUAAUUUGGUUGAUUUUAGCCCAAAAAAUGUGUUGAAAGAGAGUAAAUUGAUGCAGAGUCCAUGGAAAAUGUCACCAAGAUUGAAUUUUUCGAAGAAGGGGAGUCCAAAUGAGGUGAAAUGUGAUAAUUUGAAGGUUGAUUCUGUUGUGGUUUCGAGGAGGAGGAGGAGUUUAAGUCCGUUGUUUGAUCCACAGCUCGUGGAAGCUUUCGAGAAAGAGAUGUCUGAAGAAGAAGAACAGAUCAAGAAAAUGGUGUUUGCUACGCCAAUUUCUAGAAAAGCUAGGAAUUCGCAAGAAGCAGAGACAAUGCUUGAGUUAUUCGAGAAAAAAUGCCCACCAGAAGGUGAAAAUGCAGUUGUAAUCUAUACAACUACAUUGAGGGGUAUUAGAAAGACAUUUGAGGAUUGUAACACUGCUAGAGCUAUACUCGAAUCGAAUGAUACUCGUGUGAUUGAGCGUGAUAUAUCGAUGGAUUCGGGGUAUAAGGAAGAACUAAGAGGACUAAUGGGGACAAAAGAGGUGAAAGUCCCUUUAGUGUUUGUAAAAGGGAGGUUGAUUGGUGGAGCUGAUGAAAUGUUGAAGUUGGAAGAGGAGGGUAAAUUGGGAAUUUUACUAGACGGGAUCCCGAGGGCAGCUGCCACGUGUGAUGGCUGCGCGGGGAUCCGGUUUGUGAUGUGUAUGGACUGCAAUGGGAGUAGAAAAUUGUUGGCUAAGGAUGGAAAGAGUACUGUGAAAUGUGGAGAGUGCAAUGAGAAUGGUUUGAUUCAAUGUCCAAUUUGUUGUUAACUAUGUAAGUUAACCAUUUUAUGUUUGUUUAUUUUGCUU